GAUCCCUCUUUGACUGGUAAUGCAAUCAAGCAGAUAAUCAUAUAUCUUAUUUGUUAGGCAAUGAGACAUUAUUAUGUUUUGAAUGUGCGUCAACCCAACCCGGUUGUGGUGAAAUAGUUCGCUAUCCAACACGCACAAUAACAUGUCCAAAAGAAAAUUAUGUUGAGAUGUGUGUGAAAAUCGUUGAAAUUAGCCUCGUUGAACCAUACAAACAAAUAAUUCGCGGUUGUCUAUCAUCAUUAGAAGUUGUCCGAUUUGAUUUACCAACAUACCGUUUGAGCGGCUGUUGGACUCAGAAUGGUUUGUUUGUUGGCUAUGGAAAUAAUUUAUUUAACCAUGUCAUAUCGGAAAAUAUAUAUUGUUUUUGUAAUAAUUGGUUUGGAUGCAACGAAUCAAAUUCAUUUAUGAGGAAAACAAACGUUUAUUUGAUAUUAACCAUGAUAGAAUUACUUAUCUUGACCAAACAGAACCAAAAUUGAGUUUAAUUUUUUUUGUAAGAACGCAAUCACUCUCUUUCUCUAAUAUGGUGAAGCAUGUAAAAGUAUUAAUGAUUAAUAAUAAUGACGUCAACAAUUAUCGAAUACACAGGCCGUUUCUAUCGGAACAAAGUAGUUUAGUAACCAAGAAUCAUUGCUCAUUUUCUAUUACAGUCUAUAUUCUGUUCUUUUUCACGUUAUCAAACAAUAUUAUCGUGAAAUAAAUUAUACACUCCGAUGGAUCACAUUGGCCAUUGAAUCAAAACGAAUAAAAAAGUCUUUUUCAAAAUUAUCAUUCAACAUUUGAUUAACUUUACAAGCACUCUCAUUCUUUAAGUGGAUGGCUUCGAAAGAGUGGGAUACUUUUGUUUCCUCUUUGAUACUGAAGUCGGAGCCGCAAAUAUUGGGAAGGCGUGCAUUUUCUGAAUAAUUAAUUUUCUCGUGUAAACUUUGAUUUAAACUUUUUAAAGUUGAGUCCAAUUUUAACUCAUUUUUUCUGGCCAUGCUAGUGUUUAAAUACAAAAUCUUUCUACUAUCCAUUUCAAAUAUAGUGCGAUUUUCAGUUUAUGAAAGAGAACACUCGAGGGUGUAAUCAGGUGGAAAAAUGAAUCAGAUCCAAUGAGUCUACCAUGAUGUACCUUUCGAAACAAAAAAGCUAAGCUUGUCAUUUCAAAAGUCCAUAUAGUGAAGUAGUGCUCCAAACACAUGUCGCUCUACAAUCUGGCGCAGGUCACACAUCUCCAUCAUUCAUGGUUCGGACACUAUAGACAAUCUCCGAGAACCACCUAUCAACUCAAUUUGAACUUUGGGAACCUCAAAAACACAUGGUACGUAGUUUUCGGACAUGUUCAUCACUGUGGAAGACAUCGUUUUCAGAAAAAUGAGUUUUCUGAAAAGCUCGAUUUUUCACCUAUGACUGUGCUGCAAUAAAAAAUCCAUUUAGUUUGAUGCGCUGUACGUAUCUGAAUCCUAAGAAAUCGCUCCUUUUUCAACGCUAGGAAAUUUUUGUGUUUUUAAUGUGCAGUUUGAUGAAACACCUCAAAUCAAACUUAUUCUGAAAGUUUGAAGUGUUUUGUGUAAGAAAUGAAGUUUUUAUGAGUGUUUUUAUUGCAGCACAGUCAUAGGUGAAAAAUCGAGCUUUUCAGAAAACUCAUUUUUCUGAAAACGAUGUUUUCCACAGUGAUGAACGUGUCCAAAAAACUACGUACCAUGUGUUUUUGAGGUUCCCAAAGUUCAAAUUGAGUUGAUAGGUGGUUCUC